AUGGGUAGCCUAUUCCUGGAGCAAAUAAAAAAACAGACAACAAAUUUCCUACAAGAAAAGUACAAAUCUGCUAGGAUGACAUUUACUGAUGUUACUGAAACUGAAUUGCUGGCAGAGGAAGCAACAAAUAAGGAUGAUUGCAGUCCUGAUGCCAAAACUAUGACCAGAAUUGCCGAGGCAUCAUUUGACAUAGAUGAGUAUUGGAGAAUUGUUGAUAUUCUUCAUCAUAGGUAUGCUUCUUCAUUGACACCCUUUUUUGUAUAUCUGUUGUAUAACGUGGAUUGGGAGCAGUGGAGGCAAGCAUACAAAACAAUGGUUCUUCUGGAAUUCUUGCUCACCCAUGGCCCUCAAGAGUUUGCUCCUGAAUUUCAAUGUGAUGUGGAAAUUAUUGAAGAUCUAGGAGGAUUUACUCAUAUUGAUGAAAAAGGUAAACCGAAAACAUGGGGGCUAAUAGAUUUCCAUUUUUUAAGUAUACCUAUGGCAAUCAACAGGUUCAAUUGGGGAUCCAGAAUGCAAAAACUAUCAGACGAAAUAGUGAAGCUUUUACAGAAUGCAGAAGCUCUGACAGAAGCACGUUUGAAGGCUCUGAAAAUAACAAACGGAAUACAAGGGUUUGGAAGUUCAGUGAAGUGUCCAUCUCCAACAUCGUCGUCCUCCGCAGGGUCUUCAUCGUUUUAUUCAUUUUUCACCACAAGCACCCCUGAUAACAUGUUUCACUCUAAUGAUGAGUUAAAUAAACAGAAAUCAGGGUCCAUAGGAAAUAACAGCAAUAUUAAUAUAAUGCUACCACCAAGGAACUUGAAGCAUGUGACCCAAAAUCACCUUUGGAAAGGUUUUGCAGGUGAAGAGAAGAAUAUUUUGAUUGAUUCUACGGAAGAUGAAUAUGUGGAAAAACCAAAAGGGUUUGUGGGUGAAAUUUUCGAAAAGAUCUCUGCUGUUAGUCCCGUCAAAGGAGAAAAACGUGGAAAGGUUGAAUUUAGAUGCCUAUCUGAUGUUGGCAAAAAGGUCACCCAACAGAAAUUUGAUCGUCAAUACUCAUUUUGGUUUUGA